AUGAAGGACACUGCCGCAACACCUAAAAUGUCCGAAGAACAACACCAACCCUCGGGUAUAAUACACUCUGAAUCAGCUCAGAGCUAUAGAGACGACUCGGACGACGAGCCUAUGGUCUAUGAGACUCCCCAGGACUACGCGACUUCGGCACGGCAGGAGCGCGACCGUCUUAUCGCCGAAGGCGCUGAUCCUGAUUCUGUUGUCCUCCAAAGCGAAGUAAAAAAUUAUGUCCCACGACAAGAUGGCGAUUCCUCUACCGACUUUGUAAAGCGCUAUGUCGAGAUUAUGAACGCUAUGAUCGGUCGCGGUAUUUGUAUUCUGAAUGAUCAGUGUACAGCAGAUAUGGUGCCAACUGGAUUCGGGCCUAUAGAUGGAAGAUUUUUCGAUUUGGGCCCGGGAUCGGGCGCGACGAAGCGGGAGUAUCGAGAAUUUAGUGAGUGGUUCUCGGAAGCGUCGGAAACAGUACGGAUAUAUGAGGUGCCGGAGAUGUGGUUGAAAUUCGAGAAGCAACAUCCAAGGGAGAUUUGA